CAUGCGUACUUACAUACGUGCAUUCAUCAUAUAAGUACAAUCAUACAUAUAGCAUAGUAAAUCUGUAGUGAUGAAGCGCAGACGAAAGGAUCGAUAAAAGAGGAAGAUCGUGGUCACGGGGUACAUGGGGUAUAGAAAAGGAAAAUAGAAUAGGAAAGGCAUAGAAAGAGUGAAAUAGAUAUUUGGUGAGUGUAAGUAUAUGCGAGAUUGGGUGCUGUGGGAAUAAAGUGGGCGGAGAGGGUGGAGUGGGCGGCAAUGGUCAGGCGGUGAGCAUAAAGAGGAUAGGAUAAUAUCGGUGCGCGACCUCCGCGGUAGCUUCAAGUUCGCCGCUUUAAUACCGGCAGAUCUAUGAUGUAGUUAUGCCGAAGAAAAGUACUAGACAUGUGAGAAACUCGGGAUUAACAAGAAGUUCUCAUCAUAAAAGCAGUAAUCUUGGAACGACAUCAGAAUCGAAAACGAAACACUUUCUAAGCGUUCGCAUUGGUCUUACCAACGGUAAACGUUGGCUUUCUCUCAAAAAACGCUUAGGUCUGUCAACGGAUGAAGAUGUUGCAGUUUAUUUGUUGGAUCUUGCCGAAUCUGUUUCCAGACACAACACUAAAUGCAAUGGAGAAGAGAGAAAGGAAAUGGCUGAGGAUGAAAAGAACAAAACAGAAAUAUUACAAACUGAAGAUUUGAUAGAAGAUACAAAGGAAUUUGUUCGUCGGAGUUUAAGAAAACAAAGUACUAGUACAGUUUUAGAAUCUGAGGCACUUUCUAUUGAUUCAACACAAACCAAAUUGUCCAAUGAUAUUGAAGUGCAUAUUCAGCGUAGCUCAAGAUCUAAACAUCAUAAAAAUAAAACAAAACAUCAUAAAGAUAAACGGAAAAGAAGAAAACAUUUUAAAGUUGAAAAUAUUAUUUCACCACUUGAAUCUGUUAAAAGAUCUUCAAGUGAUAUAACAUCAGCAGAUGAAGAUCAAAUUUCCUUUAAAAAAAAUAACUCUAAAUCAGACAAUGGAAUAGAUAUUGAAUCAAAUUUAAAAAGUAAUCUUCAUAUUACUACAAAAACAGAAUGUUAUGACAAAGAAAAUAUUAUGACAAAGACUGAAAAUUUAGAUAGCAUAGAAUAUGUAGAAAAUGUAAAUAUUAACAAAAAUGUACUUUAUCAUAAUAUUGAAGAUGUCGAUAUGAAAGAAAUUACAAUGGUUAGUGACAGCAAUGAACAAUCACAAUCUAAAUUAGCAACAUCAUCAAUUACUAAAAAUAUUAAUAGAAUUGUGAUAGAACAAGUUUCAAAUGCAAAAGAUACAGUAUCUAUCAUAAAUUCUCAUGUCCAGUCUGAUGAGACAAAAGAUGAUGAGAAUAAUUUAGAUGAUAUGCAAUGUGUUAAUAUAAAUUCCAAUUGUUCACAAAUUAACAUAAAUACAAAUCAAGAAAUAGAGGAUCGAAAAUUAAAAAAGAAACGAAAAGGAAAAUAUGAUGUUGAAGAAGAUGAUGAUGAAAAUAUAAAAGAAGAUUCAUGUGAAGAUUUUAUAGAUGAUUCUGUAUAUAAACAUAGAAAAAAAAGGCACAAACAUACUAAUGAACAUAAAAAUCGUAAACAUCACGAUGUACGAAAAGCACCGCAAGAUGGAAUAAUUAUGCAAGAAGAUAAGAAUAUUUGUUCUAUAAUAGAUGAUAGAACUUCAAUUACAAUUGGAAAACUUCAAAGUGAAAAUGUUGAAAACCAAAUGUCUGAGCCUCAAAGAUUAGCUAUUAAAAUAAAACUCUGUCAAGAAUGUAAUAAUCGUCAUUUACAAGAUGCUUGUCCUUUAAUAACACCUCAGUAUGCUAUUUCAGAUUCUAUAUCAUAUGAAGAUUGGUUAAAUAAAUAUAAAGAAAAUACUGAAGUUGUAAAAGCCAUAAAAUCAGAUGAUCCUAUGUCUGAAGGAUAUGGAAAAAUAACAGAAGAUAAUGAAUCAGAUGAUGAAUCUUUAUUGAUCGAACAAUCUAAAACAAAAAUAAAAACUCAAAAAGAGGAAAAACAAUUAACUAUAGAUUUGGAUCGACCAUUAUAUGCUAGAGAUUCUUUACCUGAAUGUUUUGAACUAAAAAUAACUAAUUCAGAGCAUGGGCUUGGAAUAUAUGCAAAAAAUUCUGUUCCAAUGCAUGUUAAACUAGGUCCUCUGAUUGGACAACCAGUUAGAGAGAUGGAUAUUCCUGAUGACUUUUCUAUGAGACAUAUUUGGGAGAUAGAUAAUAAUGGUAAAACUUUGUAUGUAAGUACUACUAAUCCACUAAAAAGUAAUUGGAUUCGUUAUAUUAGACCUGCUGAAACAAAAGAGGAAAGAAGUGUAGCUGUAAUAACAAAACAAGGAGAAUUGCAUCUUGUCACUACUCAAAAUAUCAUAUCAGGAAUGGAAUUAACUUAUUGGGCAGAUUCUCAAUCUUCUGCAUGGACACGAAAGAAUAAAGUAGACAAAACAAAUUGUGGAGGAUGUAAUUUAAAUUUUGCACAUCCAAUAUACUAUCGACUACAUUGUUGUAUCUUUCAUGAUACUAAUUAUAGUUUAACUAUAAGAAAAUAUCAUUGUAAGGUAUGUGGAGCUGCUGUCCUGGGUAAGGAUAAUAUUAUGAAACAUGCAGCAGAAUUACAUGCAGGUCGAGGUGCAUAUCAAUGUCAAUAUUGUAAAAAAUUCUUUUUACGUUUAAAUUAUUUGGAAAUGCAUCGUACUUAUGGAUGUGCACAAAAUCCACAACGUUCAAGACCAUUAUGUGAUUUUUGUGGACGUAAAUUUUGCCAACCACAAAAAUUAAAAGUGCACAUUAAACGAAUGCAUAGUGAUAUGUCUGAAGUGCUCCGGGAAUUUCAAUGUAAAUUAUGUUUGAAACUUUUGGGAUCUCGUGCUGCUCUUCAACGUCACAUGAAAGAAGUUCAUCAUAAAGAUGUAGUUGGUGCUGCAACCUGUGAUCGAUGUGGAAAAAUAUUUCAAAAUAAAAGUAAUCUCAAAAUACAUAUGUUAACACAUAGCGGAGUAAAACCAUUUAAAUGCAAAGAAAAUGGUUGUAAAGCAGCUUUUACUACUAAACAAUGUUUACAAUUUCAUUACAAAAAGGUACAUGGUCUUACAGAAGAAAUGAUGCCAAAAAUUGAACGUUCUGUUGCUUACACUUUUGAUGCAUAUAGUGGUGGACUUGUUGAAGAUGUUGGUCGUGGAAAAAGUCCUCGACCAAGUAGAAAAACCUUUCAGCAAGAAAACGAUUAUAAAAUAUUUAUAGAUGAUGGCAAUUCCAAAAACGACUUAAGGAUUGAAACGGAAAAUAUUUCUGCACAUUCGACCAUAAUCGAGUUUAGUACAAGUCCCACAAAUAAGUAUAAAAUGGAACAUAAUUCACGAAUCUCAAAUUCGUCAUUUUUAAUGGGUGCAUCAACAUCAAAAAGUACAGAAGCAGAUGUAUAUGGUAUAUCCAGAUUACAAAGUAAAGGAAGUAAAAAAUGGCUUGGAGAAUUUAAUCCUCCAAUUACUUCAGAUAUACUAUCUAAUACAAUUCCUCAUUUGUCAACAAGUGUUGUUACAGAAAAUACUUAUGAAUUUGAAGAUACUAGAAAAGAAAUUGGUGAUAAAGUAUCAUCAUCAACAAAUAGAACACAAGAUAUUAUGGAAAAUACUAAAUUAGGACUUAGCGUUUAUAGAAGAACUGAAAGUGCAAAUGCUAGUUUAUUAGUAGAAGCUGCUCUUGAUGCUGCUGAACGGGAUAUAGGAGCAGUAACUAGUCCAAUAUUGGAGGAUAAUGAUCGCGAUACAAAUCUUUAUUCAAUAUCCAAUCAAUUACAAUCUCCAUUGCCUCAGAGAUCACCAAAUCAUUUAGAUUCUUAUAUACAGCAACAAGAAGAACUGAUAUCUCCUGCACCGACACCAGAUAAUAGAAAUACACCACCUACACAUUUACAUGUCGAUUAUCAAAUACAUCGGCCUGUUGAUUACAUCAGUACACCAAGAACACAUAAUAUCGAUCAAUAUUUGCAUCACGAAGAAAUACCGCGAGUUUCUUCACCAAAUAAUUAUAUACAUAUUCAACAAGAAACUUUGAUAUCACCUUCAGCAACACCAAAUCCUCGAUAUCAAGAUGUACAUCAUCAUCAUCAUCACCAUCAUCAUCACCAUCAUCAUCAAAUAUCAGAUAAUUUAUCUAGUGAUGAAGGUGAUUCAGUUGUGCAAAAUCUUAGUCUUUCGGUAAAAGAAAAGACAAUGCAAUUAGAUCUCUCAACAUCAUAUAAAUAUGAUCCUCUUGAACAAGAAUUCGCUAGAGAAAGAGCUAAUUUCGAACCUCUUGUUCUUAAUGGAGAACUUCAAGGAUUGGAUAUGUCUGCUAGAGGAUUUCAUCAUAAUUUUGGUGUACAGAUACAAAAUGCGCGAUAUCAUCAUCAUUUGUAUGAAAUUGAAAGACAAAGUGUUGAUCUUAGUAGGACUGGAAGUUAUUCGAUAUCACCAACUCCUCCUCCACCUCCUCCACCUUAUCCUCAUAGUGAUGUUUUAAGAGUUGUAAGUUUAGAUCUUACUCCUGGUGGACGUCAUACUGUUGAUCUUACUCUUUCAAGACCUCAUCAUUUGCACGGAUCCAGUGCUCGUGUAAUAACAAGUCCUCAACCUACAGGCUCUGGCAAUGCACAUAUCGUACCUGACGCGAUCGAUGGACGAAUUUUAUCUUCUCCUCCACCGCCUUCUUUAUCAGGAUAUAAUCCAAAUUAUCCUGUAAGUCCUGCUCCAUAUCACCCACCAAGACCAGGAUAUCAUCAUUACUCCGGUUAUUACUAACUAAUGUAUAUUUUUAUUAUCUUUUCUUUAUAUUUUAAUAUAGAUACCCACCGAGUAAUUUUUAAAAAAUAAUUUUUACUAUAAAAAUAUUUCAAUCAUAAAUAAUCAAAGAUCAUAAUAUUACUUGUCAUUAAUGUCAAUAUUUUGACAUAAUGUUACAAAAUUCUUUAUUUAUUCAUUUUCUCUAUUUAAAAAUAUAUGAACUAAGACCACGACUUAGACGAAGUAAAAUUCUUUUAUAUAAAGAAUAAAUGCAAGCCAUUUUAGUCGAUUUGGUCUUCCUUGCACAUAUAUGAUAAUCGAAAGUCAACGUAGAUGCAGUAAAUUUAUAGAAUUUUACCUUUGAAAUUAAAGUACAACUUUGAAACAGAGAAGCGCACAAAUAUAAUGAAACCAGUUACGUUAGAUCAACUAGUUUUUGAGUGGUUUAAAGCACAUGAUCGGAUUAGUCAACCGGUCAAACGUGAUUGUAUUGUAAAGAGUGACAUGUAUCUAUUAUUUUUGGAGCGAACUUUAUUUUUUUAAACUAUUUACGAACAAAAUUGUAGAAAUUCUUUCUGCAUUUAGAAGUAUAAUGCAUGAUU